AUGGAGAAGACAUAUUAUGCUGAAUUUGGUGAUGUUAUCUCGUUUGAUGCGACUUUCCGAACAAACAAGUAUCGAAUGGUUUUUGUUCCGUUUACUGCUAUUGACCAUCAUAAAAAAUCGGUUACUGUUGGAUCUGGGUUGCUAAGCAAUGAAAGCAUUGAGUCUUACUCUUGGUUGCUUAAAGUAUUUCUUAAAACUCAUGGGAAAGAACAAACACUUGUUUUAACCGAUCAAGAUGCUGCAAUAAAACAAGCUGUUGAGAAUGUGUUUCGUAAUUCAAAGCACCGAUUAUGCAUGUGGCAUAUAAUGAAAAAGUUGAAAAAAGUACAAAUAUCAGAUGAUUUAUUUACAAACACAGAUUUUAGAAAAAGGUUUUCGAAGCUUGUUUGGGACAUUAAUAUGAAAUCUGAUGUUUUUGAGGUGAAGUGGGGUUUGCUUAUGAAGGAAUUCAAUCGUGAAGACACAAGAUGGUUUAAAGACAUGUUUACAACACGUGAUUCAUGGAUACCUGGAUAUUUUAGUGAUAUUUCAAUGUGUGGUUUGAGGAAGACUACAUCGAAGUCAGAGAGUAUGAAUUCAUUCUUUAAUACAUACUCAGAAAGUGGGAACUUACUUUUGAAUUUCAUGAUGAAUUACGACACUGCCAUUCAAAAUCAAAGGAAUACUCAACGAGAGCUUGAUAAGGAAUCAAAGAAAACAUCAUAUAAAAUGCAAACACCUCGAGAAACAGAACUACAAGCAUCAAAGGUUUGUACAAAUGGUUGGGAAGUUUACAUUGUGGAGCACAACAACAGUAAAAGUGAAUUUAAGGUUGAAAUAAAAGUUGAAGAGAAAGAAAUAAAUUGCAGUUGUGAACAUUUUAAGCGUAUAGAUGUUUUAUGCAGACAUGCUUUUACAAUAAUGUUGAGAUGUGGUGUUAAAGCAAUUCCUGAAAGGUACAUUUUGAAAAGAUGGAGAAAGGAUGUGAUAUCAAGAAAUUAUCGUUUUAGUCCUGUUCAAUCUGAUUCAGGUGAUUGUGAGAAUGUAAAGCUAGUCAAUGAUUCAUAUUAUAGUUUUGAAUCAUGUUUGGAUAUUGUAAGAGAUGACAAAAAGAGAUUGGCUUUGUUUGCUGAGAAACAACAAAUGUUGUUGAAGGAAUUUGAGAGUGAUUAUAUUUCUCCUGGAAUGAAAAGCAAGACAGAUGGUGAAGUCGUAUGCAAGCUUUUGGGUGUUACUAUUCCUAUUCCAGAAGAGAUUAAUAUUCAUGUUCCUGAAGUUCAAAGCAAUAAAGGUUCUGGAAUCAAGAAAAGAAUUCCAAGUGCAGGUGAAGUAGCAUAUGAAAAUUCUAUAAAAGAACAUAGAAUGUGUUCAGGAUGUGGAAAACGAGUUCCACACAAUUUACGUACUUGUCCAGAAAGAGUCGGAGCUACUAAAUUAGUAAAAGACAGUUAG